AUGCCCCCGCCGUCCUUUCGCGAGGUCACAGCCCGCGCCUGGGACGUCUACGACCUCGUCUGCUUCCUCGGCAUCGACGAGCUUCAAACCGACGAGGUGCGCACCGGCGCACCCCUCAUCGACCGAGGGAAGGCACACCAGAAGAAGUCGGACGGCUCGUACCUCUACCCCAAUGACCACGCCAUCCGCUCGGCAUGCCAGUUCCCCUUCUUCCUCGAUCGCACCCCUCGCCUGCACCAACUGUGGGCUGUGGCGACUUACUUUGCCCUCGCCUUCUCUGGCGACUCGCGCUUCAACAAGGUCGCCCACUACCUCAUUGCUGACGCCACCGGCCUGGGGAAGACGACGAUGAUGGCCAUGAUUGUGGCCUACCACGUAUGGCUGAAGCAUCGUCUUCGCGAGGACCCCACGUUUGUGGCCCCCGUCAUGGCGCCAGAGAAGGUAUACCUCAUGAAGGGAAAGUGGAAAGAGACCGUCUCGCAGAGCGCUCCUGUUCGCUUCCACCCGGGUGACGGCGUCAAGAAGAUCGAGCCAGUCCUGAUUGUGACGACCACCUCCGUUCUCCCCCAGAUUCAAGACGAGUUGUGCGAACUGCUGGACGGAGACCACUUCAUCGUGGCGGGGCUCGAGAAAGCCCACAAGUCUCACGAGUUGCGCCACCGCAAGCAAUUCUGGAACCUGCUGGGGAAGGAGCGGGUCCCUGUGGUCAUUACCACAUGGAUUGCCCUUCGGGACGAGUUCAAGGAGGUGUUCGACAGCGGCGACUUCAAGUCUGACUUCAAGAACAUCAGCUUGUUCUCGUCGUCUAGCCGCAAAGUCAUCCGGUGGGGCAUGGCAUUUUACGACGAGGUGCAGACGGUGCGCAACCCAGAAGCCGAGGUGUCCAUCGCGACGGCCUCGCUUUCGCAAGUUGCUAGGAUGACGUUUGGGACGACAGCGACUCCGUUUUUCAACGACCCGCUCGACCUUCUUAACAUUCUGCGCGCACUUGGGACCUCAGACAGCGACCUUCGACCUCCCCGCUCAAUUCCCCUGCCGACUUCGUCCAGUGUUCGCGAAUCGACACUGGGGUCCCUCAUGAAGACCUACAAUGUUCGUGCUGCCUACUGGCCCAUCAUCAUCCAGUGUCGCAUUUUGGAGAACAGGCGCAACCAACUCCAGCACACUAUCAAGGAGCUUCGCAAAAACAUGCGAGACGGUGAAGACACCAUCCCCCUCGGCUCCAACUGGGAGUUUAUCGCUUUGCCCGUCAACGACAAAUCGAAGCAAGUUAUCGAAGACUGGGCACAAUGGGAGAAGGAUGUCGCCGAGUUGGUGAUGGAACCCAUCGCCCAACUUGGCCAGCCGUUCAUGCUGCGACGAGUGCUCGACACCAAGGACGAGGACGACAAUUGCCUCGGGUGCGAUGUCUAG